UAAUUUUGAUUGUUGGAUUACAGAAUAAAUCUAUGCAAUAAAUAUUACUAAUUCUGCAUAAUUAAUUCCAUAUCAAUAUAAUUUUCAGUAGAAUGGUCAGUUGUGUUCAAUGAUCAAGUAUUAUACAUCUAUUUGUCAAAAUGGAUGCUUCUGCACAUAACUCUAUGGAAAAUGGAGCCUGUGCUAUGCCAGAUAAUUUUGAUGAUCAUUUGAUUGCCUUGGAAGGAAUAAAACUGAUGCUUAAUAAUGGAUUUAAAGAGGCAGAAGCACUAUUCAAUAAGUUCAAAACAACAAGCCCACAAAUGAGCGCUGGUGCAAGUUUCUUCAGUUUUUUAAACGGGAUGAUGACAUUUGAAGACGAAAGGCUGGUACAGGCAUCAAAUGACCUCAGAGCAACACAAAAACUUUGCAAUAUUCCAGAUGAGACUUUAAAUGCAAUAAAAUCAAAAUUUUCCAAAAAGGCUGCACAGAGACCCCAAUUACCACUUUCGAAGGUUCUUCAAAACAAAAUUAUUAUUGCAGAUUGUCAUCUUUAUUUAGCUCUCAUUUCUUUUAUUCAGCAGGACAUCACCGGAUAUAUUAAAGGUGGAUGGACCUUGCGCAAAGCCUGGAAAAUAUAUGAAAAAACAUAUGAACAAAUAUCUCUACUGAAAAGGGUUUCACAGGCCGAGCCGCAGGGUUCUACUAGGGAAACAAAAUCUUCAAAUGAUUUGAAGUUAAAAGAACAGGCUAAAAGUAUAUCAAAAGAAAUAUUAGAACGAUUAUAUGGGUCUGUUAGUUUUGGUUUUGGUCUCUUCAAUUUGUGUGUGUCUCUCAUUCCACAAAAGUUACUCAAAGUUGUGAAUUUAAUCGGUUUCCAUGGUGAUAGAGAAGUUGGACUGGAAGCAUUGCAAAGUGCCAGCGAAAGUGAGGACAUGAAAGCACCUCUUGCUAUGUUGGCUUUGCUGUGGUACCACACUGUUGUACGACCAUUCUUUGCUGUUGAUGGCGAUAAAGCAGAUUCUGGAAUACCAGUGGCUGAAGCUAUCAUGGCAAAGCAUGAACCAGUGUAUCCAAAGUCAUCUUUUGUGUUGUUUUUCAAGGGAAGAAUUCAACGUUGUAAAUGUGAUAUCUCAACUGCGUUGAUAUCUUUUCAAUUAGCAUAUGAUGCUGGUGUAGAUCAGCGAGAAUUCCAAUUAAUGUGUGCGUAUGAAAUUGGAUGGUGUAGUUUAAUGGAACUUGACUGGGCGAAGGCUCUCGAAUAUUUUAUCAUGCUAAAAAAUGAAUCAAAAUGGUCAGUGUGUUACUACACUUACCUGACUGCUCUCAUGAGUGGCAUGACUGAUGAUAAAGUUGAGUGUAUGAAGCUUUUUAUCGAAGUUCCCAAAACAAUGAAAAUAAAAUCGAAUCAAUUGGAAAUAUAUAUUGUUCGUAAAGCACUUUUGUUUAUUAAAACCCCUGCAACAUAUGAGUUUUUAUUAAUUUACAUCCUCGAAUUAUUAUAUCUUUGGAGAGCAUUUCCAAACUGCACUAAAGAAUCUCUCAAUAAAAUUCUCGAUGAAUGUGCUAAAAUUACUAGCCCAAGUUUAAAUGGACUCAAAAAUCUUAUUGUUGGUGGUUUACAUAACAGCCUUGGAAAUACAGACGCAGCUAUCGAAUGUUUCCGCACAGCGAUGAAGGUAUCAGACAGGGAUUAUGAUGAUGGUCACAUAGCACCAUAUGCGUGUUAUGAACUUGCUUCAAUAUUGAUUGAAAAACCAGGUAUGAAGCAAAAAGGUCUUGAAAUAUUGAGGCAUUGUAAAGAUGGAUAUGAAGGUUAUGAUUUUGAAAAUAGAUUGCAAAUGAGGAUUCAUGCAACGGAGCAUAGGCUCAAACAACAAAAGUCCACAGGAAACUAAAGAUUCACUCCACUUUACGACUUUCAAUAGUGACCUCAUAAAAAAAUUUGAGAAAUCAUGUUUAAAAAAUAUAUACAUAUAUUCGCUAACUUACGGUAAUUAGUAUUUGCACUUUGAUUUUGAGACUUUAAAAAUUUGAAGAAGAUUCUGAUUUCUGAAGUAUUACUGCACUAUUUUUUAUAUUCUCGAUACUGUUUUUGAGUAGAAAUAAAACGGUACAGCAAAUAACUUACGAGGAUAGGGACAAAGGACUCAAUCCGGUAGUGAAUUAAUGCUUCCUAUAUAUCAUUAACCUUUCGAUUCUGUGUAAUACUCAUGGUUUCAGCUCAUCUAUGAAUCGUAUAUACUGGGUAGUGGGUAUUGCUCAAGAAAAAAAGGUGAUUGAGGUAUUUGAAUAAUUUAUGGUGGGCCACUAUACUUUUAAUGAGACCUUGGUAGCCUUAGUUUAAAACUUUAUUUUACCCUAUCGUUUGUGCCUGUCAAUUGAAUUUAUAUCAUGUUAAGAAUUAUUAUAACAGCAUAAGCAUUUAUAUAGUUUUUGAUAACAUUUUAUUUGUAUUGGUUCAUUCAAGUUCCCUUUAAAUAAUAGUAAGCUCAGUAACCUGUUGUUAUUGCAUAUUUUGCUUCAAUUCACAGAAUUAUUGCUUUACUGUUGUAAUGUUAUCGAAUCUUCAAUUUAUAAGUUUACCUGAAUUUAGCUUAAGUUUUUGUAUUAUGUUUUUGAAUCUGAUUGUAUUUUCAUUCUUUGAAGUAGAUGAAUUUUCCCUUCUAUGUCAGCACAAGUGUUUAACAAAUUCCACCAGCAUUAUUUUACGUGAAUAGGUAAUGUGAAAUUGUAAGCAGCAGUUUUAUGGCUCAGUUUAUAUAUGUUACCUUGAAGAAUUUAGAAUUGAUUAAGAAUUAAAUAUAAACUAAGAGAAAUUCCAACUGUAUCCCAUUACCUACAGCCUUGUGAUUUGCCUGUCACCAGACACCAUUAUUUCGAUGGUUUAAUAAUGUUUCAACACAUUGUGUUUACACAAUGAUUAUGACUAAGCAAAUUAUCUUUGUUGGAAACUUUCCUGCCAGAGACACUAUAAUAUUUUGAAAUAUGUAAACUAUUGCCAGAAAAUUUUUGAACAUUAGAAUUGUGUUGUAGUAAUAGUGGUAUAUUUAAUACCACAACCUACAAAAAACAAAGUUUAUAUGAGACACAAAAAUGACUUUGAAAUCUCAAAAUUGCUAAUAAGCUACUGUGACCUAAUAUAUGUCCCAUUGACUGCCUUUCUUUGUAGCCCUUUUGUCUCAAGCAUAACUUUUUUUCAGUUUUAUGUAGUCUUCAUCCUAACGCUGUUAUAUAUAUCUUGUGGGUAAUUUAUAGAAUUCUAAUAUACAUUCUGGAAGCAUACAUACAGCUAAUUGUGCAAUUAUAUAACCAUAUCGAUUAAACCAGCGUUUUAUAAUUAUUUUUUUUUUCAAUUCAACAUUUUAAUUAGUGUUAAUUAUAUUGUGUGCUUGUAGUUGAUAAAGCGUAGAGUAAAAUUAUUUAAUCACA